GGGCCCAAUUCGGCCCAACACUGACCUCCACUCUCCUCCGCCUGAACCCCACGACUAGCACUCUUAAUUAUCAAUUCGAAAAAAAUAUUCACCGUUUCCUUUCAUUACAGAUCGUUUUCCUGAAGCCAACACAAACACAACACAACACAAUACACACAAACGCAAACGCUACCCAAAGAAUAUAAUGAAUCCUCUGCAAACCCCACCUGAUUCUGAUCACCCCCACCUCCCCACCAUCAGGAUCCAUCACCCCGCCGCCACUACAGCCGCCUCCUCCGGCGUCGCCGCCACCCCUACACCCACCUCCCUCGCCCGCCGCAAGAUCGGCGUGGCCGUCGACCUCUCCGACGAGUCCGCCUUCGCCGUCCGAUGGGCUGUUGACAACUACCUCCGUCCCGGUGACGGAGUUGUUCUAGUCCACGUUUCUCCUACUUCCGUACUCUACGGUGCCGAUUGGGGCCCACUCCCGCAUCAUCAGGAGAACACUGAGGAGAAUGCUCAUGGCAGUAAUAACAGUAACAAAGAGCAUAAACAGCAGGAGAUGGAAGAUGAUUUCGACAACUUUACGGCGACGAAGGCUGCUGAUCUGGCCAGGCCGCUGAAGGAGGCGGGGUUCCCGUACAAGAUACACAUAGUGAAGGAUCAUGACAUGAGGGAGAGGCUGUGCUUGGAGAUAGAGAGGUUGGGUUUGAGUGCAGUGGUAAUGGGGAGUAGAGGGUUUGGAGCUGAGAGGAGAGGAGGUGAUGGGAAGUUGGGGAGUGUGAGUGAUUAUUGUGUGCACCAUUGUGUGUGUCCUGUGGUGGUUGUUAGAUAUCCUGAGGAUAAGGACGGCGGCGAGCCAGUGGUCAAUGUUAAGGUACCAGAGGAGAUGGAGGAGGACCGAGAAGUCGAGGAGCUUAAAGAUGCUUAGUAGGUCCUUAGGGUCAUGACUUGAUCCUCUCCAGUAGGAGAAUCAAUCAAGUUGACAGGGAAGAGCUGACACGAAAAAGGAUUCAAUGUGAUCUUGUUCUCAGGGGGUGUAAUCUUGCUAAUCUUAAAGCAUGGUUAUUCAUGUGUGAACUAUGGUAUGCUAUGAUUGGUGGUGUUCAUGUAUGAAUGAUUGAAGAGGCUUUGAUUUUCUUUAAUGGCCAUUUCUAAAACCUUGUUUCACUGCAUUGUGCUAUAUCCAUAAUUUCUAUGACUAUGAAAGACCAUUUCCCAAA